AUGACUCACGAGUCUGUUUGGUACAGCCGUCCCCGCCAGUUCGGCAAGGGCUCCCGUGGAUGCCGUGUCUGCUCCCACCGCGCCGGUCUCAUCCGCAAGUACGGGAUGAACAUCUGCCGUCAGUGCUUCCGUGAGAAGGCUUCGGACAUCGGUUUCUACAAGUUCCGUUAA